CACAGGGGCCGGCUCCAAGGGGUUAUAGAAGCAGGUGUAAGGAUGUUGUCCGCGGUGUUGAGGCGAACCGCGCCGGCGCCGCGGCUCUUCCUAGGGUUACUCAAGUCUCCAUCGUUCCAAAGCCGCGGAAGUGCUUACGGCCGGAGCGUAACCACCGCAGACCGGGGAGAGCCGCAGCGGCUGAAAGCUGCCGCCUGGGUGCGCCCUGGAGCAUCUUCUAUCUCGUUCCCCGGACGGGGGGCAGCCACCGGGGGGCGCCGUGGAGAACGCACCGAGAUCUCCUGCCUAGCCGCCGCCUCGUGGGGACACGGUCCUAGCCCCGAAGAAACACUGCCCGGACAGGACAGCUGGAAUGGGGUCCCCAACAAGGCAGGACUGGGCAUGUGGGCCCUGGCCACGGCGCUGGUGGUUCAUUGCUACAGCAAGAGUCCUUCCAACAAGGAUGCGGCGCUGAUGGAAGCUGCCCGUGCCAACAAUGUGCAGGAAGUCAAAAGGCUAUUGUCAGAAGGUGCAGAUGUCAACACAAGGCACAAACUUGGCUGGACAGCACUGAUGGUGGCAGCCAUCAGCCGAAAUGACGGCGUGGUGCAGGUCCUGCUUGCUGCUGGAGCUGACCCAAACCUUGGGGAUGAUUUCAGCAGUGUCUACAAGACUGCCAAGGAACAGGGAAUACAUUCUUUGGAAGUCCUAGUCACCCGAGAGGACGACUUCAACAACCGGCUGAACAACCGUGCUAGCUUCAAGGGCUGCACAGCUCUGCACUACGCCGUCCUGGCCGACGACUACCGCGUUGUCAAGGAGCUACUGGACGGAGGAGCCAACCCCCUUCAGAGGAAUGAGAUGGGACACACACCCUUGGAUUAUGCUCGGGAAGGAGAGGUUAUGAAGCUUCUGAAAGCAUCCGAGACCAAGUACAUGGAGAAGCAGAGGAAGCGUGAGGCAGAAGAGCGGCGCCGCUUCCCGCUAGAGCAGCGGCUGAAGGAGCACAUCAUUGGUCAGGAGAGUGCCAUUGCCACCGUGGGUGCUGCGAUCCGGAGGAAGGAGAAUGGCUGGUACGAUGAGGAGCACCCUCUGGUCUUCCUCUUCUUGGGAUCAUCUGGAAUAGGGAAAACCGAACUGGCCAAGCAGACUGCCAAGUAUAUGCACAAAGAUGCCAAAAAGGGUUUCAUCCGGCUCGACAUGUCUGAGUUCCAGGAGCGACAUGAGGUAGCCAAGUUUAUUGGCUCUCCACCAGGCUACAUCGGACAUGAAGAGGGUGGCCAGCUGACCAAGAAGCUGAAACAGUGCCCCAACGCAGUUGUCCUCUUUGAUGAAGUGGACAAGGCCCAUCCAGAUGUGCUCACCAUUAUGCUGCAGCUGUUUGAUGAGGGCCGCCUGACAGAUGGCAAGGGGAAGACCAUUGACUGCAAGGAUGCCAUCUUCAUCAUGACUUCCAAUGUGGCCAGUGAUGAGAUCGCCCAACAUGCACUACAGCUGAGGCAGGAAGCUUUGGAGAUGAGCCGAAAUCGAAUUGCCGAAAACCUUGGGGACGUCCAGAUGAGUGACAAGAUCACCAUCUCAAAGAACUUCAAGGAGAAUGUGAUCCGUCCCAUUCUGAAAGCUCACUUCCGGAGAGACGAGUUUCUGGGACGGAUCAAUGAGAUUGUCUACUUCCUCCCUUUCUGCCACUCAGAGCUUAUCCAGUUGGUCAACAAGGAACUGAACUUCUGGGCCAAGAGAGCCAAGCAGAGACACAACAUCACGCUGCUGUGGGACCGCGAGGUGGCGGAUGUGUUGGUUGACGGCUACAACGUCCACUAUGGCGCCCGCUCCAUCAAGCACGAGGUAGAGCGCCGUGUGGUAAACCAGCUGGCAGCAGCCUAUGAGCAGGACCUACUGCCAGGGGGCUGCACCCUGCGCAUCACCGUGGAGGACUCGGACAAGCAGCUCCUCAAGAGCCCUGACCUGCCUUCACCCGAGGCUGAGAAGCGUCCGCCCACACUGCGUCUGGAGAUCAUUGAUAAGGACAGCAAGACCCGCAAACUGGACAUCCGGGCACCACUCCACCCUGAAAAAGUGUGCUACACCAUCUAGCAUCCGCCUGCCUGUGUGUACCCUGAACAUCUAAUAAAGACCCCUUGCUGUGACAUGGCAACUGACGUGCCGUCCCCUCAUGCCUCCCCAAGGCCCAGGCCCUCCCCUGCCUUCUUGGUUGUGAGGUUCACGGUCUGUUGUGAUCUCCAAGCAGGAACAGGAAGGCCUGGUCUGCGCUUCAGUGCGAACUCCGUUCCAUGUCGUCAGAACAGGAACAUAUUGCCAGAAGACCAGAAGCAUGGCAACAGAAACUGAGUGUGGCUGGAAGAAGACAGGGCCAGGCGGUUUUGUGCACCUCUGCUUGUGCUGACGCAGCGUGUCCCCAUGGGGGUGAGGAAGGCAAGAGCUCCGGGCACGGGUGACUCUGUAGUCUACAGCUCUUUCCCGUGCCCGUAGCUCUCUAUCGUGCCCACCCUGGAGUCCAGCCUAUAGGGCACCCAUAGGUCUGAGUGGUUCCUGCCAUCCUCUGGGAUGGGACUGUGGUCCCUGAUGACCAAAUUCAGCAGGCUGGCAGUACAGGUACUGGAAAGCUGUAUGGGAGCAAGGUUAGGGUCAGGCUCCGUGUAGGUGGACAUAGAGUGUGCCUCAGCGCUGUCUCUUAACUGCUGUCCCAGCCAGGUGAGUCAGGAUUGAGCCUGCCGGUACCUCAGUGUGGCAUGUCCACUGCAGACAGCACGACAUCAUGUGUGUUUCAGCCCAGCCAGGCAGGAUACAACAGACCUGGCAGAAGCCACCAGUUGGCACUGUUUCCUACAGGAUUUGGGUAGAGCCCUCCGUCCACCAGGGUGCAGAGAUAGGGCUGAAGUCAGUGUCAUGGGUCAUAGAAGAAUGUCACGACAAGAUGGUCAGGCCAGAGCAUGAGUGCCCAGCUCUGUGUGGUACCGCCCAGCUCCUCAGGCAGCCUGUUCAUCUCUACCUCAGUAAUUUAUUCUCUUUUUUAUUUUGAAAUUGUUUAGACUUAUAGAAAAUUCUCCCCCUCCCCUCUGAAACCUUUCAGUCAGCCACUCCUCCUGUCAUUCGGCGCGGAUAAUGACCAGACCAGGGCCGGGACGCACACUGCCACAUGCUCCUGCCCAGAAACCCCACAUUGCCUUUUCUUUCCAUUUCUUCCUCCUGUCUGCCUGAGGCAGUUUCUGUGUCCUUGCUCGUUUUUAAAGAGUCCUUCAGCUUGGGUUUGUCUGAUGUCACUGAUGAGCCUGAGGUCUGCAUCCUUGGCAGGAUGACCACAGAAGCCAUCUGCCCUGCUGCUCCCAGCACCUGCACUGGUAACUGUAAUCUUGAGACUAGGGUUGUCUGUGGAAGGAUUCUCUACUGUAAAAUUGUAAACUUUCAGGCUGGGGUGUGGCUCAGUAAUAGACCUUGCCUAAUAUGCCUGAGGGCCUGGGUUUGAUUCCCAACACCACAGAAAUAAAUAAGUGUAUAUAUAAAUGAAUAGUUUUCCUCUGGAAAUGAAAUCAAACCAAAUAUAUUGUCUUAUGCCUGGACUCCCAGCAGUUGGGAAGUUGAGGUAGGGUUGUCACAAGUUUGAGGCUGCCAUCUGCUGCAUAGUGAGUUCUAGACCAAUCUAAGCUAUGUAGUAAAACCCUGUCUCCAAAUAGAAAGAGCCAAGCAGGUAGAGCUCUGAAUUCUAGACUGGCCUGGUCUGCAGAGUGAGCUCCAGGCCAGCCAGAGCUACAUAGUGAGACCCUGUCAAAAGGGGGGGAGGGGGCUGUAAUAUGGCUCAGCAGGUUAAGGAGCUUGCUGCACAACCUGAUGAUUUGAGUUCAAUCCCUGGAACCCAUAUAAAGAUGGAAGGAGAGAACCAACUUCAAAAAAAUUGUCCUCUGGGUACUGAAGAGAUAUCUCAGAGGUUAAGAGCACUGACUGCUCUUCCAGAGGUCCUGAGUCCAAUUCCCAGCAGCCACAUGGUGGCUCACAACCAUCUGUAAUGAAAUCUGGUGCCCUCUUCUGGUGUACAGGCAGAACACUGUAUACAUAAUAAAAUCUUUUUAAAAAUUGCCCUCUGACCUCCACACACAUACAGUGGCAUGAAUGCCCCCAUACACACAUUAUUUCAUAAUAAUAAUAAAUUUAAAAAGGGAUAAAAUGUUCUGGGCAGAUACUUGAAGCCGUUUGAAUGUCACAUAUGUAGAAUUUUUCUUAGUGUUGUGUUCAUCUCAGCUGUUUUACUGCUGUGCUUACUGUAUUCCUUAUGACGACUUUGCUGUCCUUAUUCAUGUGUAUCUAUUAAUGAGUAUUCUGUUCUAAAGACUUUUACCUCAUUUAUCCAGUUCUGACUGAUACGUUGGCUCUACUGUGGUAGGAAGGAUGCUGAUCGUGCAGCCCUGCUUGGCUCCUUCCACUCUGCCCUUGUGUCCAGCCUCACAGCCUCAAGUUCCGGCACCAUAGACUUCUGGGCUCACUCACCGUCUCCUUUUAUUGUAUGGACCAAUGGUUUCUUGAUACUUCAGGAGUAAGAUCUGGACGCCAGGGAUGUUCGUGGUGUCCAGACCCUCCCAGCAGAUGCACCGGGAACUAAAGAUACAUGCAUAUACAUAUGUCUGGUUGUAUCUCUUCAUCUAUGUUAUGAAAAAAUCAUGAGUUCCAAGUGGUGCCUAUAGUCCAAUCUAAUACUAUAAUGUGUGGUAGCCUUUUUUUUUUUUUUAGAUUUAUGUGUAUUAGUGUUUUGCACGCAUGUAUGUAUCUGGUGGCCAGAAGAAAGUGUUUUAUACCCUGGAACUAGAGUUACAGACAAUAUUGAGCCACCAUGUGGGUGCUGAGAUUUGAACUUGGUCUUCUGAGAAAGCAGCUAGACCUCUUAACCACUGGGCCAUUGCUCCAGCACAUGCAGUGGCCUUCUUAAAACCUUACUAUUCCUUUUCGGUUUCUUUCCUUUUCUUCCUCUGUGGUGUCAGACUGCCCUUAGAGCAAUGGUUCUCAGCCUGUAGAUUGUGACCCCUCUGGGGUGUCAAAUAACCCUUUCACAGGGGUUGCCUAAGACCAUCCUGUAUAGCAGAUAUUUGCAUUAUGAUUAAUAACAGUAUCAAAAUUACAGUUAUGAAGUAACAACAAAAAUAAUUUUAUGGGCCAGGUGGUGGUGGUGCAUGACUUUAAUCCCAGCACUCGGGAGGCAGAGGCAGGAGGAUCUCUGUGAGUUCAAGGCCACAGCAUCAGGAAGGUUGAGGACUGCUCCCUUAGAUGCUCUAACUGUAUUAAAGGAUCACAGCAUCGGGAAGGUUGAGGACCGCUCCCUUAGAUGCUCUAAGUCAGUUGGGCAGUGCACAUCCCUAUGCCUUAUUCCUAUUGAAUAAUCAAUUGUGGACAAAAAUAACUGGAAUUAAACUCAAAACUAGAUAAUUUUUGUGCCUGGAAACCCCUUGGCUAUCUUCCUGGUCAUAGCAUGGGGAACAGACUAGACCCUUGCUUGGACUCUGGCCAGACCCUUGGUUAUGCUGUGCUCUCGUCCAGGACUGGAGCACAUCCUGGCUCAGCCUGCAUGCCCCUCUUGUUCUGUGGUCAGUCUUUGUCACUAGAACGCAAGCUCCAAGAGGGCAGAUGCUGUCACAGAACCUGCCAUGUCACGGUGCCAGCAUGCACCCAGGCGCCCCAGGAAUAUUAGAUGAUAUUGUUUAUUCAUUGUUAGCCAGGAAGUGGAACGCACCAGGGGUGAUCUGAGCAAGCAGAGCAAGGUGACAGCAGGCAUCCCAUGGAGGGUCCUGUCGUUCAUGACUGUGGUGCAAAGAGAAAGGCUGAGCAGAGCAUGGUUCAAACCUGUAAUCCCUGGGGGUGAGGGGGGCACUCUGGCAAGAGGGGUGUACUGAUUGUUUUAGAUUCGGUGAGGAGGCAAAAUAAACAUUUAGGGGCUAAACUGAUGGAUAAAGAGUCCUUAAGCCCUUGCAGAGGACCUGGAUUCCGUUCUCAGCACCCACAUGUCUGAAACUCCAGUUCCAGGGAAUCCUAACCUCUUCUGGCUCCCACAGGCUCCUGUGAUUUGGUGCACACAUGAACUCAUGAACAUACCCAUUAAAAUAAAAACACUGAGGACAUCUAAACCUGAACGUUUUCUCGAAGUAAGUCUUAAUAAACAGGGACUGGGGAGAUAGGUCAGUGGUUAAGAGAUUCAAUUCCCAGCACCCACAUGGCAGCUCACAACUGUCUGUAACUCCAGUUUCAGGCGACCCAACACCCUUAUACAGGCAUACACAGAGGCAAAACACCAAUGCAUAUAAAAUAAAAAAUAAUUUUUAAAAACAAUCUUAAGAAAUAGGCAGAAAAUGGACAAUCAAAGCUGAAGUUUAGGAGGGAAAAAUAAGAUAAAAAAAAUUAACUAGCUAGGCAGUGGUGGCACACUCCCUUAAUUCCAGCACUUGGGAGGAAGAGGCAGGCAGAUCAGUGAGUUCAAGGCCAGCCUGGUCUACAAAGAAAGUUCUAGGACAACCAGGACCUUUACACAAAAAAAUCCUGUCUCAAAAAAAAAAAAAAAAACUGCAAAAGAAAAUAAUCAUAAUACUAAUAAUUAACUAGCCAAAUGUGGGAUCUCACCUAUAGCCCCAGCACUGAGGAGGCUGAAGCGGAUGGAUCUUCAUGAAUUAGCUGAAAGUGUCAGUUAAAUAGGGAAAGUUUCCUGAGCCAGCUAAAGGAAAAGAGAACCCAGAAAAAACCAAAAAUGCAUGUCAACCGCAUGUUAAUCUUCUCAGUAUUGUUCAAUUUUAGUAUAUGUGCUGCGGUCAGGAUGUAUGAGAAAAGAAUAAAACAAAACCAGCAAAACAAUAAGCAACUUAAAACAACAACCAAAAAAGGCCAAAAAUGAAAAUCCAAGAUUAGGAGUGUGGAAUUAGAUAUAAUCAGAAAAUGGGGAAAUAUUUUUUUUAUAAUUUCACAGUAUCAGGUUGUCUAGGAACACUGGCUCUAGAUGCAGUCUGUUGGGCUGGCGUGUAGCUAGUGACAGAGAUCACUGAGCCGUGUGAGGCUGUGUCUAGUCACUAGCACCACAGAAAACUUCCUGCGUUGGUUUGCUUUUGUUUGGCUGGUUGGGUUCAGGGUUUUUGUUUUGUUUUGUUUUGUGGCUUGGAUUUUUUGUGUAUUUUUUUUGUGCUUUUUAAAAUAGGAUCUUACUGUAUAGACCUGGCUGGCUUUGAACUUGAGAGAUCUGCCUGCCUCUGCCUCCCCACUGCUGGGAUUAAUGGUGUGUACCACCACACCUCGCCACAAAAAGCAUUUCAGUUAAACUUGUGUGGGUUUGUUUUCGGGCUUGGGGGAGGGGUAUGUGGAGAUGUCAGGGUCAGCCUCAGGUUGUUACUCAGUAGCCAUUUGCCCUGGGUUUUUUGUUAGUACAUUACAUUUUAUCAGUAUUGUUACUUAUUUCGGGUGUGGAAAGGAGGAAACAUGUAUGCCGUGGGCGUGCAUAUGAAGGUCAGUUCUCUUGAAGGUUUGGGUACAGCCAGCUUUACCUACUGAACUAUCCCAUGACCUAGAAUUUCUGAGACCGGCUCACUGGAGUGGAGACUGAGCUGACUGCCAGGGACCUUCCUGCCUCCCUUGGCAGUGCUGUGGUUAUAUUUAUAUAUGUACUGGUUAGUGUCAACUUGACAUAAACUGAAGUCACCUGGGAAAAGAGGAGCUGCCUCCAUUUGGCUAGCCAGUGGGCAAGUCUGGGAGGCAUUUUUUAAUUGCAAAUUUAAGUAGGAGGAGCCAGCCUUGUGUGGGCAAAGAGUGGUGGUGGGACCAUAGUGGCUCAUUCUUGUCAUCCCAGCACUUGGGAGGUGGAAGCAGGAGGAUCCUCCCUGGGUAGUGACUUAUGAGGCCUGAGCUAUAUGAGACCCCUUGUAACAAUACAUAACAGACCCACAUGUACUCAGACUUGGCAAAGGUGACCGAAAGAACCCAGUCUCCCUCUGACUGGAUGCGGAAAGCCAGGCGAGUUGAACUGUAGACGCUGGUUUCACGAGGGCCUGCAGCUGCUGCCCAGAUUAAUUGUGACUAUGGAAGAGAGUCCUUAUAUUUAGAAAAUAUAAAGGCACCGCUUCAGGAGCCUGAGUUUUUCGUGCAUGCUGUACACCAAGGAGGAACAGCAGUCAGCAUUUGGAGUCUCCAGAAAGGUAUGCAGAAAUUCUUUGUAUUAUUUUUGCAAACUUUUCUGCAAAUUUAGAACUACUUCAAAAUUAAGGUUUUUAAAUGAAAGAUGAGCACCAGUGUGUGUAGUUUUGUGUGAGGUUUGAUAGCCUGAUGACCAGUUUCGAGUGGGAUUUCUUAAACCUGAGUUGAAAAUAUUUGUAUAUGAUAGAACACCAAAAAACUAAUAACUGUUGUGCUUUUAAGCACUAAGCCUGUCUUGAGAGGCUGAAGUAGGACACUGCCUAGAAGGCUCCAUUCGUGGAGAAUACCAGUUGGUACAGAUGUUGGGGAGUAGAUUCUCUUGUUCUGAUGUACAGCUGUGUGUUUAGAGCAUCCAAAGGGC